AUGUCGUCGCUCUGGCCCAGCGCGCGCGAGGAGUUCAGCCACAGCCAGAGCAGCCGCAGCAACAGCAGCGACCACAGCGACGAGCUGCUGGGCGAGCGCCAGCCGCUGCUGGGACCCGCCAGUCCGGGCGCGCGCACGGCCGCCGCGCUGUCGCCCAGCACGGGGCGCGCGUCGUCUCUGCGCCGCAGCUUCCGCCCGGGCGACCACAGCGGCCGCCGCUGCACGGACGUGGUGUUCCUGGGCUGCCUGGCCACGUACUGGAUCGGGAUGCUGGCGCUGGCCGUCACGGCCUUCUCGCACGAGAGCAGCGUGAGCUUCGCGCAGGAGAUCAAGAGCGGCGUGGACUUCCAGGGCCAGCCCUGCGGUGGCCGCCGGCCCUUUGUGUACUUCCCGGACUACGAGGACAAUCCGGACUUUGGCUUCUGCGUGGGCGAGUGUCCGAAGGAGGACGGAGAGACGCUGACGGUGGAGCUGCCGCUUGAGUCGGGGAGAAAGGGAAGGAAUGGGACGCGCGAGAUGCAGGAAGUGCAGUUCACGUCCUAUGCGACGCAUCGGUGGGCCUAUGUGUGUGCUCCAGCGGAAGUGAGAUCGGAGCAGGUGAUGAUUCGACAAUUGCAGGACACAUUGGGACGGUUUGUGGGAGCUCUGGGCAAUUGUUGGCAGGUGCUGAUGAUCGCGACGGCGGUCUCUCUGUCGACGGCGGGGUUGUAUCUUGUGUUGUUGCGGUAUUGCGGCUGCAUCAGCGUGUUGAUGUCCACGGUGGGGAUUGAGUCCAUCCUCGUGUACAGCAGCUACCGGUUGCUGCAUGCCGCGUCGGACCCGCUUUCGUAUGCGAACGACCCCGUGAUGCUGAGCUCGCUCCAGAUCAGCACUGUUGCCAUGUGCUGCGCGGCCAUCCUCUUCCUGCUGUUUGCGAUGGUGAAUAUGUCGCGGCUUCUGCUAGCAGGCGCGUUCAUCACGCAUGCGUCACGCGCGCUGUCGCAGCUGAAGCGACUGCUUGUGCUGCCGUUCAUCUCCUACGUGUUGCUGCUGCUGCUCUUCGGCUGGGGUAUCCUUGUUACGGUGUGCAUCUUUGGAGCUGGCGAGACGUCUACGCGAAUUGCAACGAUCUCGGCUACAUCGCCGUCCUCUAUCCGUGUGGUGACCGAGUCGUUUGAAGUGAGCACCAAGCUGCGUUGGUUGUUCAUCUAUCACCUCUGGGGCAUGUACUGGUCGGUGAAUUUCAUCUUGUCUAUUGGAGAGAUGAUCACGGCGACGGCGAUAUCGUUGUGGUAUUUCUCGCCUGAGAACCGAAUCACAGGGCUGAAAGAGUUCGAAGAGGCAGACCCAGUGUCCUAUUCGGCAAACGCAACCGUCAAGUACCACCUCGGCACGCUAGCGCUGAGCUCGGGGUCUGUGGCCCCCGUGGAGCACAUUCGCUCGUUCUUUUUGUACCUCGAAAACAAGAACGAGUUCGACGCCAACACGUUCACAGAGCUUGCGGCCAAGUGCUGUUGUUGCUGUAUUUGGUGCUUCAAACAUUGUCUGAAGUACAUCUGCAAAGAAGCAGUCUAUGUGACUGCAAUCCAGGGCACGAACUUUUACACGUCUGGAAAGCUGGCGUACACACUGAUCUCGUCCAACUUAAUCCGGGUCGGAGCUCUCAGUCGGAUCGGUCAUGCGUCCGUGCUGCUCGGCAAAUUGAUCGUGUGCACCACCGCGUGCCUCAUCGCGUGGUUCCUUCUCGAAGAUACCCCAUCGCCCGUGCUGCCGCUGGUUGUUGUCGUGCUUUUUUCCUACAGCGUAGCGCACGCCUUCAUGACGAUCUACGAGACGUCGAUCAACAUGCUGCUCAUGUGCUUCACACUGGACGAGAACUUGCACGGCGGAAGAGGGAACUCUGCCCACGCCUCGGCGCCGCUCAUCCGGUCGGUGAACGACCACCUGCGGCCCAAGUGGCAAACGGAGUUGUAG